UCCGCUGCUACUGACUUGCAAUAAUUUCAGAUAACAUUAUGUAUUCCCUCCAACUCACUCAAAUACAUUAUUCAUUAUCAAUCCAGUUUGAGAUAACCGCGGUCCAAUUUGAGUUGAGCAGCUUAUUGACGAGGAUGAAGGAGAGAUUCAUAAUGGACAGCAAGAUAAAGCGGCUAAGAAGUGAGCGCACCUCCCUUUUCUGCGAGCUAGAGCUAGAAGGCAGCAGCUACAUCAGUGAGCAGGAAGACUUCGCACUAAUCAAAUGGCUCUUCAAGGCGCGAACAGAGCUGAUCCAGUUGAACAGAUACACGUUCAAUCAGCCAGUGAAGCUGUGCUCCCUGUGAACUGGCAGGAUGAAGAGGAUGUGAUGCAUUUCGUCGCCAGAUGCCCCAUACUACACGAGAUACGGUGCGCUUACCUGAGGAGAGGCUUGCUGUCGAGAGAGGAGCUGAAGAGGUACCUGGAUGGCAGUAACUGUAGAGAUGUUAGCCGCUACUGUGGGGCUGUUUGGCAGUACAGGUAUUCAUGAUCCAGGAGUUCAAUCUCUAAAGCUUUCUUAAGACGCAUCUUCUUUUGCAAUAGUAAUGAUGAAAUAGAACUUAUUUGCCGUAUUGUUUGAAUAUAAAUGUAACA